UUCUACCACCUUGUCACAUGAAACCCAUUUGCCUAUAUCUUCUUCAUUGAAGCUCCAAAACUAAAGCACAGAAAAAAUGGCAAAAGGAGGUGGUCUAACCUACGCUUUAAGCGUUACAAUUCUAACAUGCGCAUUUUCUCUACUUCUCUUUCACCAUACAUCAGUAGCAGCAGCAGUUCCAGAAGAAUUCAAAAUCCGGCAAGUCACCGACGGUCGAAAUCCGACAACCACCGCGCACGGCGGAAGCAACCACCACCUCCUCGGUACUCCCGCCGAGCACCGAUUCAAGUCAUUCAUACAGGAAUACAACAAAGAGUACUGUACACGUGAGGAGUACAUAAACCGCCUCGGAGUUUUCGUUAAAAAUCUCCUCAGGGCGGCGGAGCACCAGGCUUUGGAUCCUACGGCGGUUCACGGCGUUACCCAGUUUUCCGAUCUCACGUCGGAGGAAUUUGAGAGGAUGUAUAUGGGUGUUAAAGGUGGUGAUCGGACUUCCUUGUUGAGAGAGUUUGGGUCUCACGCGCCGCCGAUGGUAGUGAAGGAUUUGCCGAACAGUUUUGAUUGGAGAGAGAAAGGUGCUGUUACUGACGUGAAGAUGCAGGGGUCUUGCGGCUCAUGCUGGGCGUUUAGUACAACUGGAUCUAUUGAAGGAGCCAACUUCAUUGCCACGGGCAAGCUUCUAAAUCUUAGUGAACAACAGCUUGUAGAUUGUGAUAACACGUGUGAUAAAAAGGACAGAAAGGCUUGUGAUUCCGGAUGCAGAGGAGGCCUAAUGACGAAUGCAUACAAGUACUUAAUCGAAGCAGGAGGUAUAGAAGAGGAAGAUUCAUAUCCAUAUACGGGUAAACGUGGCGAAUGCAAGUUUAGCCCAGACAAAGUCGCGGUAAAAGUCUCCAAUUUCACCAAUAUUCCCAUCGACGAACAACAAAUUGCUGCUUAUUUAGUCAAUCACGGACCUCUCGCAGUUGGGUUGAACGCUUUGUUUAUGCAAACGUACAUCGGAGGUGUGUCAUGCCCUUUAAUAUGUGGAAAGAGAUGGAUUAACCAUGGCGUAUUGCUAGUCGGUUAUGGUUCAAAGGGGUUCUCGAUUCUGCGUUUGAGCAAUCAGCCAUAUUGGAUCAUAAAGAACUCGUGGGGGAAGCGAUGGGGCGAAAACGGAUACUAUAAGCUUUGUAGAGGACAUGGGAUGUGCGGAAUGAACACAAUGGUUUCUGCUGUUAUGACCCAAACCUCCUAAGAAGAUAAAUCAAGUAGCUUAGGGCACGGAACAUUAGUGAGACUCUAAGUCCGUGACAUUAGUCUAUAAUAUCUUACUCUUAAACUCUUUCAAGUUAAAAUAAAUUUGUAUUGAAGUUCUUAAACUUUUAGGUACAUGUAUUAUAAACCUCUUUUUUUUUUCCUUUUAGACUUGAAAGUUAGCUUGGCCUAAUACAACUAUGGAUGCUAUUUUGUGUUUUUUUAUUGUUUAAUGUUGUGAGAAUGUGCUUGUAA